AUGGCCGCGACCCCAGCGCAAGAGGAAACUUCCGACUUCCUGCAAGGUUUCGCAACUUUCGAAGCAUUCAAAUCUCAUGUAUAUGCUCUGGGCGUGGAAACUGGCGCCAACUUUCAAGACCUUACCGACAUUUCCGGCAAUAGCACCAGCUAUCGUACUAUCUCUUUGACAAUCCAAAGCUCCACAGACGGACUUCAGAGCCCUGACAAUACACAAGCUAUCCUUCGUGUACCUCGCUUCGAACUCGACGACUUGCCAGCCGAUCAAGACAGUCGGACGUACGAGAACUUUGUGGAUGACGCUGCCGUGCUUGAGCUCGCCGCAACAUGCGGGCUCCAAGUUCCAAAGAUGAUUGCGUUCGACACAACAAGUGACAAUGCCUUGGGUCUUCCUUACUCACUGCAACUGCGGCUACCUGGAGUUCCUUUAUCAUCUGUGCUCGAAGCAAUUCCGAUGUCAAGUAUGGCUGAUAUCGCAUCCGAAAUGGCCGAAAUGCUUGUUCGACUGCGUGGUGUCAGGUUUCCUGCUUUCGGCCUGCCUUGCCAGGACAAAAACGCCCAUCUGCAAAAAAAACUUCAACUGGACCUGUCAGGUCGUUCUGGAGAAGAGAGGAAAGUCACUUUGUGCGGAUUCCCGAAAGAGUCUGGCGGGUUGGGAUCACAUAAUCGCAAAAGUCCCACUUUACCCGUCAUAUCUUCUCUGUAUGCGCUGCUCAAGGCUGCCAUCGACAACAAGUUUCUACCAUCCAGGCAAAAGAAUAUUGGAGGCGAUGAGGGAACUGACACGUUGGCGCACGAAAAGCUGGGAUCAAUGCUCGAUCAAAUGAAGGCUAUGGGAUGGUUUGAAACAGAAGAGACAUCGACCACUGAAAGUGUACUUCAUCACCUCGAUCUGGAGUGUAACCGAAUCUUUGUUGAACAGCGCGAUGAUUCAUCAUGGCACAUCACUGGCAUACUCGGCUGGGAGAACAGUGGCGCCUGCGUAUCACCAGUAUUGACGCAGACUCCUCUCAAUUGGCCGUGGGAUCGUAUCGACAUGGAUAAGCUUCCUCAGGAAGUCCUCAAUUGUUUUGGUCGGGACAACGAAUAUAUGCCUCUGGCUUGCUACGAAGAUCUCAACUCUGAUCACCUUACCGAGGACGGCCUGAAAAUCAAGGAGCUCUUCGAAAAUAUCUUGAUCAAGGGCAUCUACGAGCCGCAGUACGGAGAGAAGGCGGCCGAGAUCUACCAAGAUCAUGCGUACGGCCGUGGGCGUUGGAUUCGCCGCAUAUGGCGUUUCGCUUUCGAAGGUAUUGCCAUGAGUGGCUACAAGUGGCGCCUCGCUCGACUGAGAAAAGACUGGGCGGCCUUCACACACGCGGAACUGGACUCUGACCUACAUGAAACUGAUGAGGACAACUCAGACCCUCAUAAUGCAACAGGUUCGACGAUAGAAUGCGACCACGAGCCCUUCGAGACCUUUCGGCACAGAGUCAGUGCUUUGAGUUCUGAGUUGGGUGCCACAUUUGAGGACAUCGAACACAUGAGAGGUGGUUCCUACAACCGUAUCGUCUCGGUGACUCUACGCAACCCUCCUAGGGGAGCUCUUUGGGUUGACGGAACAAAGGCUAUUAUACGCAUACCUCGUGUUUGGGACGGCGAUCUCUCAAAUAUACCACCCGCGCUCCAUGGCAGCACUUGCAAAUGUGAUGCCCAUCCCGAGCGUCACGAAAGCAUAGAUGACGCCCACUCUGAUCGAAGUGGUGUCAGUAGCAGAAUGAGUUUGAGUAAGGAGGGACCUCGGUGGGAGAUACGGGAUGAAGCGCUUCUGUACAAUCUCGUUGAAGACGCUGGGAUACCCGCUCCGCGGAUACUCGCAUUUGAUCUUACCCGUGAUAAUGCUCUGGGGUUACCCUUUUCAAUCCAGACCCGCCUGUCUGGUAUUGGCUUGAUAGAAGCACUGAAAACCAUGUCUGUCCAAGAGCAGCUAUGGUUGGCAGACGAACUGGCGGAGAUAUUUGCUCGUCUCGAGACCAUUCAGUUUGACUCUGCCGGUAGACUGCUCGGCGACGAGGACGAAGACACAGCUACCGCCCUACCACUGCGUUCGUCAAGCCGAGCUGAUAUUGAGGAUGAACCCAGUGUUUACGGUUUCCGCAAAGGUACGGGGCAUCUUGCCAAUCGCAAGCGAGACGCAAAAGCUGAAUCUACUACUUUGAGUUCAUUGUACAAGCUUCUUUUCUUCACACUUCAUGAACGCAUCGAUGACGAGCUGCAGAAACAACACCCGCAAGGUCCGUCACAACAACAGGUUCGACAGUAUUUCAAGUUGCAAGACAUCCUUCAAGACAUGGAUCGCAUUGGUUGGUUUUCAGAAGCCGACAAAACUGACGCAAAUUCGGUUCUGAACCACUGGGACAUGGAGCCACGUAACAUGUUAGUUGAGCGGACUUGCGAGGGAGAUUCAAGUCGCUGGAAGAUAACAGGAGUCAUCGAUUGGGAUUCGGCUCGUGCAUUGCCCCCUGUCUUGACAAGAAAGCCACCUCUUUGGUUAUGGGAUGUUUCGGAAGAUGAGGACCUUCCCGAUGACGUUGCGAAGUACUGGGAUGGGGAUUAUGAUUGGAUGCCACUCGAGUGGUAUCAAAAGGAGAACAAGACGCAUCUGACUGCGGAUGGAAUGAGAGUCAAGCAGCGAUUCGAAGACGCUUUGGUUGGAAAGCUCUACAAGGAGUACGGCGCAAAUGCACACGCCAAAUAUCUGGAUGAUGCAUACGGUCGAGGGCGCUGGCUUAGGCGCAUUUGGCGAUUCGCAAGCGAAGGUUUCCAUUUCUACCCAACUCAUUGGAAUCGCUUUCAACAACUCGAGCGCGAAUGGACCGAGUACAAAAAGGUCAACGGCAUCGAGUGCGAUCCUCCUGAGUUUGCCGAGGACAUGGGGGCUUAUUCAUCAUCUGUAUGGCCAAACAGAGCUCGUGAAGGCGGUUCAAGCGAAUUCAAAGGUAUCUUACACGACGUCGCUACUGGAGGUGAUCAGACUAAAGGAUGA